CGGGCGCGGGGCUGACGGUGGCAGGCAGCUGCCCUGUCUGUGAGGGCUCGCUCCGCUUGUCGUGGAUCUUUAGUUCUGGGUACUCUGAGAUACCCCGAGCUUAGCCGUGUUGCUUUGAAAGUAAAUAAAGAAGCGUUGCUGGAGCCUCCUACGGAGCCGUGUGUUUUGGCGAGGAGACGCCACCUGAGGCAUAACACUCCAUUCUAUGUGAAACAAGAAUCUGGCCAGUAUGAGCUGGGCUGUGGAGGAAUGGAAAGAGGGCCUGUCCCCCAGAGUUCUGCAGAAGAUCCAUGAGCUGGAAAGUCAAGUGGAUAAGUUUAAAAAGGAGCGUCAGCAAAGGCAAUACCAGCUAGAGACUUUGGAGGCAGCCUUGCAGAAACAGAAGCAGAAGGUUGAAAGUGAAAAAAAUGAAUCUGCAAUACUCAAAAGAGAAAACCAGAGCUUGAUGGAAUUGUGUGAUAAUCUUGAGAAAACAAAGCAGAAAAUUUCACAUGAUCUUCAAGUAAAAGAAGCUCAGGUCAACAUUCAGUCAGGUCAGCUGAAUUCCUGCAAGAAGGAUAUUGAAAGGCUAGAACAAGAACUGAAAAGAUGCAAAUGUGAGCUUGAGAGAAGUCAGCAAACAUUGACUGCAGGAGAUGUAUCAUUCAGUGGCACUCCACAGAAAAGUUUUACUGCUCCUUUAACACCAGCUCAAAGUAAUAAUGAUGCUAAGUUUGAAGAACUAGAAGAAAAAUACAGGAAAAAAGUACAAGAAAAUAAAGAGCUAGAGUUACAACUGAGAACCAUCCAGCUUAAGAAAAUAAACCAGCCUCAUCCUCAAAGCUCUUUGAGUCACAGAGAGAUUGCCCGGCAUCAGGCUUCCUCAUCUGUGUUUUCAUGGCAACAGGAAAAGACACCUAGAAAUCCAGAAACACCUGCAAGGGGAAGUUCUGCAGUAUCCUCCUUUCCUUGGGAUAAAGAAACAAAUUCAAGUAUUCUAUCAGAGAAGAAUGAGUUUGACAACAGCUUUGCUGAGAACUCAAAUUCCUCCCUCAUGAUCCAGCUAAGGGCACAGAACCAAGAACUAAAUUCCAUUAUUAAAGACCUAGAACACCAAUUGCAAGCUCAAGAAAAACUGAAGAGGUCCCAUAUGAAUAAACAUCAAGAGACUGAACUGGAGCUGGACAAAUUGAAGUUGGAAUUAACAGAGAAGGAUAAAAUUCUAAACAAAACCAGAGAUAAACUGACUCAAACAAGCACACUACUUGAUCAAGCUACCACUCAGGUCCAAAUGUUGGAGCAAAAGGUGAAGCGAUUGUCAGAAGAACUGAAUUGCCAGAGACAAAAUGCUGAGAGCACUCGUCAGUCUUUGGAACAGAAAAUAAAGGCCAAGGAAAAAGAAUACCAACAGGAACUGUCUUGUCAGCAGCGCGCUUUGCAAACACUGGAUCAGCAGUGCAACCAGAUAAGAAACAAACUGAAUCAGGAGCUACAGCAAGCCAAAAAUGACUUCAAUGUUCUGCAGGCAGAAUUUGACAAAGUAAUGGCAGCAAAACAAUGCUUGGAACAUGACACCGGUGAUCUCACCCAGAAGCUGUGCAGAGCAGAGCAGACUUUAUCAGCAGCCCAGGCUAAGGAAGCUGACCUGACAAGAAGCUUUCAGGAAGUGAAGCAGGAGAAAAAUCUUCUCAAUUGUCAACUUGAAGAGAAAUUGCAAGAGAUCCACCAGCUUGAGGAAGAACUAAAUAUGAUCAAGCAAUCUCUAAAACAAAGCCAAAAUUUUGGGGAAGAAAUGAAAAAUAAGAAUGCUGUUCUGGAAGUGGAGCUGAAGUUACUGGAAGAGCAACUUAAAAGGCAAGAGAGCUCACUUUCACUGGAGAACCUGAAAAUAGCUUUAGCUGACAUGGAAAAGCAACAAGAGUCUACUCGAGAUCUCCUUAAGGAAAAAGAUAAUCACAUUAAAGAACAGGACUGUAAAAUAAGUAAGAUGGAGGGAGAAUCAGAAGCUUUGCAGAGACUUCUUGGAUUAAAGCAGAAAGAAUGUGAAGAAUUGCAAAAAGAAGCUACUGUUUUUUCUCAAUGGAAAAAUGAAACUGAUAAUCUUAUAAAUAAACUUAAGUCUGAAAAGGAAGGUAUGCUGGCUCAUAUUAAUGACUUGGAGGGUUCCCUUCAAAGUCAGCAAAGCAAAAAUCAUGAGCAUAGUGAGAAACUUAGAAUGAUGCAAACCGAAAAUGACAGGAAAUCCACAGAGAUUAGAGAGCUGAAAGAUAUGCUGGAAUGUAAAAGUGCAGAAUUAGAAGAACAAAAGAAAGCUUUUGAUGAAUUUAAGCAGAAAGCAGAAUGUUCUGAUAAAAAGUAUUGCAAAGAGAUAGAAAAUAUGUCCUGUAAAAUAUUCCAGCUCACCAACCAAGUUGCUGAAGUAGAAGAAAAGUUACAAUUGGCAGCAAGUCAAGGACUGCAAAGGGAGAAGUGCUAUCAUGACCUGCUUGGUGAAUAUGAAAAAAUCUGUUGUCUUGUAAAAGCAAAAGAUACUUCAGAAAUGACAGAAGAUGGAGAAGUUAAAAGCAGACAGGAUAAGACUCCUUUAGAGAAUUUGCAAUUUGCAGCAACUAACUCCAGCACUGGAGUGCUGGAUCAUGGAUGUGCAGGAGCUCUUCUAGAAGUGGGAAAAACUAAGGAUCUGGUCAAUUUACAAGAGCAGAUCUCUCUUCUUGAGAGCUCUUUAGCAGCUCAAAAGAAGAUGAAUUCAAAUCAGCAGCAGCAGUAUGAAGACUUACUGCAAACAAAGAGUGAAACAGAACAAAGGUUAUUUGCAGUAGAAGAGAGAUACACAAGCUUCAUGACAGAAGCUGAGCAGCACAUCAGUAAUUUGCAAGCAGAUAUUUCAGCACGUCAGGAAUUAGUUGAAAAAACUUCCGCUAUUCUUGAGGAAAAGGACAUGCAACUGCAAACUUUGAAUGAAAGAUUAGAAAACCAAGAAGUUGAGCUUCAGGAUUUAAAGAUCAAUAAUAAAUUGCUUGAGGAGUCACUAAGACAGCUGAAGCUCAUGUCUGAAACAUGGGAUUCAGAGAAGAAGGACAUGACUUCAAUGAUUUGCUCAUACAGUAAGAAAAUUGGUAAACUUACUGAAGAAAAUACAGCCCUUAGGGAUUUAAGCAGUGCUUUAAAGCAAGAACAAAUAACUUUACUGGAGGCAAAUAAAAAUAUUUAUGAUAGUUUAAAGGAAAGAGAAGAAAUCAUUUCAGAUAUGUCUGGAAAACAUGAGGAGGAAAGACAGCGUAUUCAAUCAAGAACAGAAGAAAUCAAAACAGAGCUGGAAGUUUUGCAGGCAAAAUAUAAAUCAGUAGAAGAAGAAAAUGGAAAAAUUAUGAACAUGCUAAGAGAGCAGACAAUUGAAUUAGAUGAAAAAAAAGCAAAAUUAGAACAAGAGAAACAGGUACUUAGUGAGAACAAAGAUAUGUUACAUAAACUGAUAGCCUCAGAAGAAAUAAAAAAGAACUUGGUUCAUGAACUUCAGCAACUGCAGUCAGAAUUUUCCAACAUCCAACAUGUGCCUUCUGUGGAGCUUGACUGUUUAAGCCAGGAAAGGUUAAAUGUCAGCACAAGACAAAACACGAUGCAAGAGAAAUGUGGCUUUGUAUUUCAAGAAAAGGAGCAAUUGGGGAAGGAACCACCCAUGAAAAAUGAACCUCUAAUGUGUAAUGUUAAUUGUGAGCAACAACUCUGUUCAGAACAGUUGAGAAAGUCUAUGGAAGAAAAAGACAUUGAGCUGAAUAAAUACCAGGUUAAAUUUGAGCUUCUUCAGAUGGAUUUUGAGGAUAGCGAAAUCUCUCUAAAGAACUGCAGGUUAGAAGUGAUGCAGCUGGAGGCAGCUUUAAAAGGCAUGGAAGUAGAACUUGAGAAAAGUGUGAGAGAGAAAGAGAAACUGCAGCAAGAACUACUGUCUUUUAAAGAACUGAAAACUGCAGAUUCUUCACUUACAGUGUUAGAGGAAGAUGGCCACUCAUUGGAGUAUAAUUACAGUGACAUUUCCCAGGAUUGUGGCAAAAGAGGAAUAGAUGAAAGUCCUUCAUCAGUGUUGCUGGCAUCCUCUUUGCAGGUAACAAUAAACCAGCUGAGUGAGCUUGAGAAAAUGUAUGAGAGGUUGCAGAAUGAAAACACUGCAUUGGCCUCUGGAUUGAAAGAUGCUAAAACCAAUGGUAGCACAAGUAUUAAUAAAGAGGAAGAGGCGACAGAUGAUAUAAUGAUUGCAGAUAGCAAUUUAAAAGCUGAGAAAGCUGCUCUUCCUGAUGAACUUAUGGAUCAAAGUGAUAACAGUGAUCUGAGAAUGUGUUCUGAUGAUAAGGAAGUGUCCUUCAGACUUAAAGAAUGCAGUUCUUCUGACUAUGAAGAUUUAAAAUUGUCCAGCAAAGAAGUUAAAGUACACUUUGCAGAAGUAAGAGAGAAACUUUUGACUUUCCAGAAUGAACACCUAAAAUUAUAUGAACAGCACAGUAGUAUGAGCUCAAAGAUAUGUGAGCUGCAGUCUUGUAUUGAAAUACUGAAAGUGGAAAAUUCUUCACUGUCGACAAGUCAGAGCAGUGCUCAUGUAGAUUCUGUGCAGGAGUCACUGUCAUCCAGCCAAGAUGACAUCCUGCCUAAAUUGGAUGAAACUAAGGCCACAGAUUCUUCCUCAGACCUUUCUGUAAAUCCCUGUUUAUUAGAACUAAGUGAGGUGGUUGAUUCUCACAACAGUGGUUCAUGCAAAUGGACAGAGGAAAUUAAUCAGACAGACAGUUCUAUAGAAGUAAUUUCAGAGGAUGCAACAGAAGUUUUGGUUGAAAAGCGUCAUAAUGAUCACAAUUUGGAUUCUGUUAGAGAGCUCAGGAGUAUUACUCCAGGAAAAUCUAACCUUGAAAAUAGAAUUGAAGAACUUCAGAUGCUCUGUCAGACAUAUGAGAAGUCCAUCAAGGUGCUUGAAGAUCAGUUUCAUGUUCAAGAGAAUAUGAAAAAUGAGGAAAUACAAGAGCUGAAGGAAAUUAUACUUUCUGAAAGGAAAGAAAUAGAUCAUCUUAAACAGCAAAAUCUAUCUGAAAAGGAAGAAUGGCAGCAGAAGCUAAAUAAUGUGACUAUGGAGAUGGAGUGCAAACUGGCAGCAGAAAGAAAACAAACUGAAAAUCUCUCUUUGGAGCUGGAAGCAGCAAGACUCCAGCUACAGGUCCUUGAUUUAAGUUCUCAUUCACUGCUAUGCACAGAUAUCGAAAAUAACAUAGAACAAGAAAACAAUACUCCUUAUAAAUUAAGAGUGCCUGUUGAAAACUCAGCUCUGAAAAACAAUAAUCUUAAAAUAAUCCCCAUCGAGAAAAUGGCUUCAGGAGAUGCCUUUGUGUGUGAAAAUGAAACUGAGACUGUGGAAGCAAGAUUAAUGGAAGAUUACACUGAGAAAAUUUCUGGAGAACAUGAGUGUAAAAAUAUGUCAGGAAAAAUAACCAGCCCCUCAGACCAUGCCGGUGCAUUGUCAUUUUCCAGUAGCGGGGUUUUGAGUGCUGGCUAUUUCUGUGAAAAUCAAAUAACCACUGAAAUGCUUCAAGAAGAGGCAAAACAACAGACUGCUGAAAAUUUGAAGCUGAUCUAUGAGAUAGAAAAAGAGCAAAGCCAUGUAGAUUUGAAAAUAAGAGUUGAGCAAUCAAACUUGGAAAUGAACUCCCAGGAGGCACAAAUAAUUUCAAAUAGCUCAGCUUUUGCAGGACUGGAGGAAGCUACUGUAGCUGUUAAGGAAGAAAACUGUGGCAUAAAUGAAAAACACAGAUCCGUUUCUGUCAAUAAGCAGGAAUUAUCUUUUCGUGUAGUCUCAUCAGAAAAAGAACCUGAGAACCUCAAGUCUGAGCUGGAGAUAUGUAAAGUUAGAUUACUUAAUGCAGCAGACAUGUUUGAUGAUGUAGAAAUGACCAAGAGAGCUGGUCAGGAACAAUUUCUUGCAGCUGAAAAUGGAUGGGGGAGUCCAAAAUCUGAGCGAGUUAAUAUUGACAACCGUGCCUUGUUCAUAGAGCCUGACAUUGAAAUGCUCCAGGCAAAAUGUCAGCAAUUGGAAAGGGAGAGGGAAGUUAAUCUGAAAACUAUUUCUAGCUUUCAAGAGCACCUUGUUUCAGUCACAGCUGAAAGAAACUAUAUUGGCCAAGAGCUGAGUAUUUUGUCUGAAAGCAAAAAAGAGCUGGAUCAGAAGUAUGAAAAGCUACAAGAGAAAUUAAAACAAUUAGAGUUAACUAAAAUGGAUUCUACUGAAUUCAUUAGAAGGUUAGAGGAUGAAAUGAGGACACAAGCAAAUCUGCUUGAGGCUGCAAAAUCUGAUGCAAAUCAAUUAUCCAAUGAAAAAGACAGUCUUCUUCAGAAGCUGCAAAGUUUAGAAAAUGAUGCUGUAUCUUUCACCAUAGAAAAAGAAAAACUCCAGAAUGAAGCCGCAGAUUCAAAGAAAGAAAAAGAGCUGAUUGCAAGAGAGUUGGGAACGAUGCAGCAUAAAUUAGGUUCAUCUGAAAUUGAAAAUUCAAAGCUUUCCAAAUCUUUGGAAGGCUUGUUAAUGGAAAAAGGAGAACUUGCUACAAGACUCAGCGCAGCACAGAAAGAAGCAGACCAAUUGAGAUGUGGAAUUGAGAAGCUGAAAGUAAAAAUUGAGUCUGAUGAGAAGAAAAAACGUCACAUUGCUGAAAAGCUGAGAGACAAUGAGCGGAAAGCUGACUCUCUUCAGGAUAAAAUAGAGAGGCUUGAAAGGGAAUUGGAGAUGUCAGAGAAAAAUCUAGAAGAUACAGUUAUUGAAUUGGAGACUGCCAAAGCAGAGGCAGAAACAUUAGCAACAGAGAUGGAAGAGACAACUGAAAAGCUGAAGUGUUCCAACUUACAAAUUGAUGUCCUCACCUCACAAAAAGAGUGUUUGGCUAAAGAUUUAAAAGAAAUGCAAGAAAGAUUCCAUGAACUAGAGUCUUCAAAUUUGACUACAGCAAAACAAUUGCAAGAAAAGGAGGAAGAAAAGAUACAAAUCAAAGACGAGCUUGAAAAUACUGUGGCAUUGCUGAGAUCUGAGCUCAAAGAUAUGAGUGAAAAGUUAGAGUUUUCAUGCAGGGAGGAAGCAGAUGCUAGAGCAAAAGAACAAGUCCUGAUUGAUCAGGUGGCUCGUCUUGAGCAAGAUAAAAUAAUGCUGUUACAGCAAUGUCAGGAAAUAAAAAAUGAAAACAUCAAAUUGGAUCAAGCAAGGGAAGUACUUGUUCAAGAAUUGAUAGAUUGUAAACAAAAACUUGAUGAAAAGGUGCAGGAAAAUGGUGCUCUUGAAAAGCAGAUGAAAGAAACAGAAGCACUCUCUUUGCAGCUGACUCACAUGCAGCAUGAACUUGAAUGCUGGCACCAGGAAAAAGAGAGGCUGCAGAACUUGAUUGCUGAGUUGAAGCUGAAGGAGCAACGUUUUUCUGAUGGUGAAACCUCUCCAGAUAUCCUGAAUGUUCUAAAAAUGUCUUAUAAGGACCUUGAGAAGGAGCUGGAAUCUACACUUUUUGAAAAGAACACUCUAUGUAAAAAGGUAAAUGAACUGGCUGAAAGUCGAACUGAGCUGCAAGUCAAGCUAAGUGACACUGAAGAGAAGAUUGCCAAAUUACAGGAAGAAAGAAAUAAGCUUGCUGAAGAAAUGCAGUGUGUUCAAGAACAUUCAGAAAAGACCAAAAUUCAUCUGCAUCUCACAACUUCAGAAAAAAAUGAACUGGACAGGUGUUUGCAGAUGGUCCAGAAUCAACUACAAGAAAAAGAAAGUGAAAUUAAAAGAGAGAUAUCAGAAUACAAAGACAGACUACUUCAAGCAGAGAAAGAGUAUCAGGAUGCUCUGACAGAAGCAAACCGAAAGAAUGAAGUAGAAAUUGAAGCCUGUCAUGAGAAGAUUAGUUCACUGGAGCACUUUAUCAGCUCGCAAAAAUUGGAAAUUGAGCAUUUGAAGUCAAAUAAAGAGCAGCUAAAUAAUUCCCUUAAAGAAGCGAAUCAGUCCAUAGGAGAACUCCUAAAAACUAAGGCUGAUAAUAGUAACAUUAUAAUUCAGCUGAAGAAGGAAAAUGAAUAUGCCCACAGUAAAGUGCAGAUGUGGAUGAAAUCCUGUAAGCAGCUGGAACAGGAAAAGGAAAAGUUGCAGAAACAACUAGCUGCACAUGAUGAGCUGCUAAAGAAGGAAAAUCUGGCUAUGGCGAAGCAUAAUAAAGAAGAUGCUGAUGAUAAUGCCAUUACAGAAGAAAUUAAGUUAAAAUUGGAAGAAUUGCAGGAAUCUACAGAAUUGAAGACCAGAGAAGCAAAUGAGAACUUGGAGAAAUACUGCUCUCUUAUUGUUAAAUAUCAUAAACUAGAGGAAGAAAAUGAGAUGCUAAAAACACAAGUCAGUUUGUUGAGUACUCAGCUGAAACAGCGAGCGAGUGAUGCUGUCAGCACUCCUUUGCUGAAUUCAGAGAAGUCAUUAACACAAAAGAACAAACACUCUGUCAAAGACAGAAGGUCAGAUGAAGGUACCACUAAGCUUUCAAGUAAAAGGCAGAGAUGCGAAGACAGCAGGAAAGACAAUGGAGAACCAAGAUCUCCUGCUCCAGUGACUUCAUUGAAAAAGAAAAGGAAGUGUGAUAUCUCUCAAAAUCUGCAGGGUCAGGACAACACUGACUGUGAGCUGGAUGGGCUUCCAGAAAUAGUGCAAAAAGGGUUUGCUGACAUCCCCAGGGGCAAGGUCAGCCCUUACAUUUUACGUAGAACAACGCUGCACCUCAGAUCCAGUCCCCAUCUGGCUUCUUCAAGUGAGAAGAGGCCUUUGCCUGCACAGGACUCACAGAGGUGCAGACCAGACCAUCUUGGUGAGCGCUGCUCUUUGACACCUGGUGGCAGCAAACCACAAAAGGAAAAUGAUGAGCAGCGGUCCCAAGCUUUUCCACCCAUGAAUUCUACAUCAAGGUCACCGCUUUGCCUGCAUAAACAAUCCCCAGAACCUCUCUCUGAUAAUACUAGGGAGAAUCGUACGAUGCACAAAGCAAAAAAUUCCCUAAAUGAACAAGCAUUAUCUGAGCAGGAUGAGCAAAAAGAAAAUUGUAAGGUGCAGUAAAUCUGACUUAGUCACUACUCAGAAUAACUGGUGAUCAAAACCAGUUUGUAAAAUAAAUACCAGAACUAUCUGGAGGGCACCAUUUUCUCUUCUCCAAUGAAUAUAUGGGUUCUGCAGAGCUUCUUUGUGAAUAUUUACUAAUGCCAAUAGUCACACAAGCUUUUGAAAUAAUAGUGAACAGAUGUAACUGAUCUUUUUAUAGAAUCACAGAAUCAAUUACGUUGGAAAAGACCUUUGAGGUCAUUGAGUCUAACCUAUGGCCUAACAUCACUUUGUCAGCCAGACCAUGGCACUGAGUGUCACAUCCAGUCUUUUCUUAAAUGCUUUCAGGAGUGGUGACUCCACCACCUCCCUGGGCAGCCCAUUCCAAUGCCCAAUCACUCUUUCUGCGAAGAACUUCUUCCUAAUGGCCUGCCUAAACCUCCCCUGGUGCAGCUUGAGUCUGUGUCCUCUUGUCCUAUUGCUGGUUAACUGAGAGAAGAGACCAAUCCCCACCUGGCUACAACCUCCUUUUAGAUGUAAUUGUAGAAUUUUCUGUAAAUACUUUAUAAAGCUGUUUAAAAAAUUAAAACAUAGAAAAAGUGGCUGCAUUUUGCCAUGUAGUUAAUUGUUGUCGUUUUUAUUGCAUACCAGUGGUUGAUUUACAAAUGGAAAAUAAACUUACUAAAGUAUUUAAAAAUUAUAGUUUCUAGGAAAAAUGUGGCAAACACUAUUGGAUGAUUAAAAAUGAAACUACUUAUUUUCUAAGUGCAACACUAAAAUAUAGAACCAGAUAGAAACUGCAUCCAGUGCAUAGGCCUAGCUAGUGUUCUGUGUCUUGGUAUCCCUUCUUCCUGAUGGAAUAAUACUGCGCAAGUAGGCGUGAGGCAUGAUUCAAACAAAGCCAAAGAAGACUGCGUGUUUCCCUGAAACAAAGCAUCUGACAAUGUACUUCCCUAGCUGAAGGUCUUAUGUUGAUCUUCACAUCUGCCAACUGGCCCUUGGCCAGCCAGUAAACCUCAGGAUGAUGGGGGUGAGCACUUUGUACCUGGUCAGAAAGCACCCUAUCACAACAGUUUUGUUCUUGUUCUACCACAAUGGCUAGCUGCUGCUCUGCUGCAGGUCACUCUUCACUUUGAUAAUGCUUAUCCUCAAAUCUGUCUCGGUGAAAAUCAUUGAAGACUUGUACCCGAUGUAAGGAGAAUGGAUGUGUUGGGAAGCAUUCAGGUGUCAAGAAAUAUCUGUGUGGAAUGCCCUAGGCUACUUCCUUUUCAUUCAGGAAAGAUCUUUGAGAUAUCAAAAGACAGUGACUUUUCUGGAAAUAGCAUAUAGGAUUCUUGUAUCAUCAGUACAGGAGAAAUAACUCCAUCCAGUUCAUGACAGUGCACUUGAAUUUAGAAUGAUUCAUUACAUGAAAUCCCAGCUUGUAGAUUUCAGAGGUCUAACUGGGCUUGCUCAGCAGCACAGACCAAUUUAACACUAUAGAAAAAGGUGACAUCAACAACAUCAGUCAUUAUCCAACUAAGCAGAAAUGACUUGCUGAUAAUUCAUAUUGCUUAUGCUCACCUGGCCUGGCCAGGUACUAGGGAAAUCAAGCUCCUGUGCAUGAACAGUAGUGCUCUAAAUCUCCAAGAUACACAGCAGAGAGGCAUUUUCACAUUGUGUUACUGUGUCAGAAAGAAGUUAUUUCUUCUUUCAACAAAAGUGUGUGAUAAUGUUUUCUACACCUUGAAAAAAAUUCCUUAAACUAAGAGACAAUACUUAGGUUUCAAGCUGAACUUUCAAAAUCUAAUGAUACCUUGUACUUCAUGGUUAGUUUCACCCUCACAGCAGAAUUCUCUUUUUUACAUAUACAUACACACCAUUAUUCUGCCUUUCUUACGGUACUGUCUGUUAGAAUGCAGUCAGUUUAGGAGAACAAAUAAUCUACUCAUCAGUCUAACCAAAACAUCUUUAAAGAAAUUCAACAUUUGUAUCAAAUAUGUGUAACAGAAUCAGGGCAAAUGAAAAUAUUUUUCAUUAUUCAAAAGAUCAAAAUCUUGCCACACAAAACAUCUUUCAGUAACUAGAUAUACCAGGGCUUGGGGUCACAGCAGUAGAUCUUGUGGCUUUUUCUUAAAUAUCUUAAGUUGUUUGUUAACUCAAGUCUUAGGUAAUUAAAACAAUCCUUGUAGACUGAAAGGGACCCAUCUUAAAAGAUGCAUUUUAUUACCUCAUCUUAUGUCAGGAUGCUGUCAAAGCUUAUAAAAGCUAAGUUAUUUCAGACCAAGAUUUGUAUCUUGACAAAUGAAUCAUCUGUGGAAUAAGCAAUUUAAAACCAAAAUUAAGUCUCUUGAGAUAGAAGCAUGGGUAUGAAGAGGCUUUAGUAGCCGAUAAUAGAAAAAACCCAAACAAAACUGGUGUGUUUUAUUUAUCCAAAUCACUGUUUUUCUAUUCUAAUCUGAUGCCUUGAAAAGUGUCCCACUUGGAGAAGAGUGUGGAAAAAACAUCUAUCUUUAGAAAGCUGUCUAAUCUUAACCAGACAAAUUUGAACAACUAUGUUAUAACGAAAGAAGUGACUAUCAUCAGUAAAAGAAAGCAUUGAGACUUUAGUUGUAACAUGUUUUCCUACAUGGCUGCAUUUGUAUUUUAUAAGCCUUUGUAUUUCAUUAAGUGUGAAAUGUUUGCAUUUUGAAAUGUUACAAUGUCUGGGUUUUUUUAGCAACUAGUAUGUAUUGGAGUACUGGUAGGUAUGUAUUUUACUGUAGGUUAAGAUUUUAAAGAGGUCUUUGAUUCAUGCCUGAAUCUAUUGAAAGUGGGACUUCAUAUUUUACAUUCCCUUGCAAACUGAUGAGACUUCAGGUCACAAUCCACACAGGGAAGUUCUAUCAAGAACAUAAUUUCCAACCUAUAUGUAUAUCAAACAUGCAGAACAAAAAAAUCAGAGUGCCUCAUCAGGAUUCCUAGUAGGAUUGCAUAGGAUGUGUUUUGUCAGAUGAAUGAAAGGACACUUGUAUGUGGCUUUCUAUUCUGACUGUAAAAGUCCCUGUAAAAAUGUCUUUAGUGCUCCGCUAUUGUUCUUAGCAUGCUAACCUGGUUGUUGCCAUAGUGAUACUGUGUUACAUCACAGGAAGAUGCAUUAGCUGGGUCUCUUCUUCACUUUCCUGUUUACCCAAGGUUUACAUUAUGAUUGGUGUAAAAUCUAGUUUGC